ACCAAUGGCAGCGCCGUGUUUGUGUUUUUGAACUAGUGUCACCGUGUUUGAGGGAGUCUGUUUUGAACGUGAAGCAGUUGGUCUCUGCUCGGGAAAAUCACAGGUUUAUUCGUCGCAUUUGAAGUGUUGGAUCUGUUGAAGUUGAUCGGGUUGCCUAUGCGAUCUCCUGAUCGAUCCCAGCCAGGAUGUCACAUUCCAGCGUAGAAGACGGGUCUUCCAGUAGAAGUGGCGAGCGGACGCCUCUCAGAAGCCUGGACAACGAGCUCCUGCACUUAUCGACUAGUUCAUCGAGGCUCCGGUCAAAGCUCAGCGGUGACACAGUGAAAGCCAGCAGGGCCGACGUUCAUCUCUGGGACACGCCGACCCCCCGGUUGGGCUCCUCUGCCUUUACUAAAGGGACCGCGGUCAUUCCCACCUCUACAGAUACCACCCAGACCGUUUGCGGACUUGGAGACGUCACGUUCAGAAGUUUUGUCUGCUCUGGGAGUGAAGUCGAGAUCCCAGAGUCUUCGGAUUGUGGAGGACAGAGUUUGAUCGUGCCUGUAGACGGGACAUCUUUUACAGCUGAAGUGGAAGACGAUACGGCGGCUUCCCCCAGCAGGAUGGAGCAGUCCUGCGGCGAACACCUGGAGCAUCCCUAUUCCAACCCCGCCGUCGAUCCUCCGGCUCUCUGUGAGGCUCCCGGCUCUACGCUCCAUGCCGGGGACUCGGACGAUGAGCAGCGCUUCACCUGGAAGUCGUUUGCCUGCGAUGGAGGCGAGGUCGAGGUUUCUGACUCCACUGGAUCACGGGAGGAGACCAUUCCUCUGCCCCGGGAUGAGCUCUGGGAUCCGUUACAGGAUGACGGUACAAUCUCAGCUGACUGCACCCAGCUGUCUCCUCUGGAACAUGUUGAUCAUCUGUACUGCGUCAGUGAAAACGACCCCGCCUCUACCUCACAGGGAUCUGAAACUUUCCCAGAGGGACUGGCUGAUCUAACCUUGAAGCCGUUUAACUGCACAGGCGGCGAGGUAGAGAUCUCAGAGGACGCCGGUCCGGCCCAUGAGACAAUUCCACUUGUUCACGCCGGCUCUGGCUGCAGUUCAUAUAAUUAUACCAUGGAUGCGAGUUUGUGGGCGACAGCCUGUGAUGGAGGCCUGGAAAUGAGUAAAGAUCACCAAGAGCAUCCCUACUGCGAUGUAAAAUCUGAUUCUUCAUCUCUGGCUGAAAACCCAGACCCUGUUCAGGACCCACCGCCCUGCGGCGCUGAGGCUGAGGAGGGCAAACGCAGGAACUCGAUGGCACUUACGGACCAGGAUGAGAACGGCGGGGUGAGCUCCAUCAGUGUCGCUGUAGGGAACGCUGGAGACUCAGAGGAAGCCCAGCUGUCUGAGAACAUCUCCCAUCCAUCAGAGGACCAGUCUGGCAAUGCCUCCAUGGUGCCGUCGCCUGAGGAGAAUCCCGCUGGAGGUGAGAGCGAACCAGCCAACAGCCGUUUGGAGGACGGAGAAACCGUGUCAGACACUCGGCCACCGCCUCGCACCGAGUCUCCUCCGACCGACGCAUCGUUACAAGCCGUGGGCGAUGGCUGGGAUGCAGAACACCCUGAAGGUACUCCUUCACCCUCAGCGGUCCACAGAACCACGGAUGCGUCUGACUGCCGCCGGCUCGCAGCUCCAGCAGACGCUCCUCUGCAGGAGGAAGUGCAGCAGGGAUUGGAUCACGUGUCCCUCUCUGUUUCUCAGCCUCCUGAAUCCAGCGACGUGAAGGACAGCGCUCUGGGCUCUCUGGGUCCCGUUCUCUGUGACUCUGCAGAAAAAGCCGCAGAAGCGUCCCCUGAUGUUUUGAAAGCGUUGUCAGAGUGUCCCUCCAUCGCCUCGGCCCUGCAGCUCCUCAGUCCCGUCGUCAGGAGAGCGUCUCUGUCUUUAUUCAAGCUUCCUACGGGUCCGGAUAAAGACGGUUUCUUGGCUGAAGACUUUACGCUCGAGGGCGAGAAAAGCCUGGUUGAUGUCGAGCCUGCAGAGCUGUUUGCUGGGCAGCUUGAAAGCCCGAUGCCCCGCCCUUUAUUUAACUCCACGGUUGUAGGCAUGAAGCCGCAGGAGGAGCUUUCCAGGGAGAAGCCUCGGCCCGAAGCGGCGCCGCUGGUGUUGGAGGGCCACCUUCAGCAGCAGCUCCGGCAGAUGGCAGAGUUCCUCAUCACGGCCUGUGGAAAGAUGGGGUCCACUUCUGCUCCACCUCCCGCCGCCUUCAGCCCCCCCGCAGGCAGAGCCGCUCCUGCAGAAGCCCGCAGCGUCUGCGUGGGCACCAGCCCUGUGAAGCUGACGGACCACAGCCUGAACACGUCUGGGAUAUUUGUGAGGAAGAGGACGUUCUCUGUGGCCGAUUGCUGCACCUCCACCGACCCGCUCGUCUGGAAUUUGUCCCCCUGCAGCCUGGAAGGCUUCCCCCGACAGGAGCUGGAGCAGAGGCUGAUGUCCAGCAUGAUCAUGGUGGAGGCCCUUGUUCAGCAGUUGGCUGCAGCCAGGGCUCAGGGGCCCCACUCCUCAGGCCCGGCUCCUUCAGACCUGAGGGAGAAACUGGUUCAGACCGACCACACCGAGCUCAGUCAGACCACAAUGUACCGGGAUCUCUACCUGGAGGCUCUCGGCAGGAUAAAGGAGUUGGAGCUUGACGAAUGUUCUCGUCAGACCCUCGUCCAGUCAAUGCAGGACAUGACGGCUACCAUAUCUUCUUUGAGCAGCGACACCGAUGCAGCUCUGUCCAACGUGAAGAAAAUGGGUGAAACCAUCAGAGAGGACCAUCUGAGCCUCGUUUCCCACUAUGAGCGCAUAAAGUCCCUGGUUGAGAAGUCAAAGGAAACUCAGACAAGAUCCCUGGAGAAGGUUAAAGAAGUUCUCCACCAGAGGAACCAAAUGAAGACCCAGAUGGAAGAAGCCUUCGCAUCCAAGGAGGCAGCUUUCAGUGCGAUGGAUCAGCUGAGGGCGCACUGUGGUUCAGAAAUCUCAGCUCUAGAGAAAUGCGUUGGAUCUCAGCAGGAGCUCUUAGCCGCUCUGAACCAGGCCUAUCCAGAUCAGGUUGCACUAAACGAGACCUGCCACCAAAGACUCAACUCGGUCUCUAAUAUUUUGUCGCAAACCAUGGAGGAGCACUCCAGUUUGUUGACUGAGCUCUGCACCGUGAGGGGCCUCCUGCAGAAAACGGCCCCGAUGCUCGUUCAGCUGAACCAGAAAGCAGCCGCUGCGCUGAGAGAGAGGGACGAGCAUUGUUCUGCAAGAGAGCGCGCCGAGGAAGAGCGAGAGCAGAUUGAAGAGGAGCUGAAUGAAACCAACUUGAAUCUUCAAACUGCGACGCAGCAGAUCAGCGAUUUAAAUCUGCAGAUCACAGUUCUGGCAUCAGAGAUCGGCGUCCUGCAGCAGAAGCUGACGGACAAAGACGAGGAGGCGGCUCAGCUGGAGAGGAAGGUGACGGAGCUGUCGGCCACCAUUUCCUCCACGCUGGCGUCCUACACCUUCCUGAAGCAGGCGCUGGAUGCUGAAACAACAAAGUUGCAGGAUUCAUGGAAAGACUUGCAUCAAGCCAAUGAACGAGCAGAUCAGCUGACGGCAUCGCUGGAGGACUCAGAGCAGCGCGUCUGUGAGCUGAGCCGGGCGCUGGCUCAGAGCGACGAGCGGCUCGGUCAGCUGCAGAACCUGACCCAGUCCCAGAGUGUCCAGAUCCAGCAGCUGCAGGAUGUCUGCACACAACUCGGAGGCGUGCAGGAAAUGAACGAGUUCCUGCAGAUGGAGAACGAGCUGGUGAGGGAGCAGGUGGCUGAGAGCGAGCAGACGCUAAGGACCAACCUGCACGCGCUCCGGGAGAGGAACGUCCAGUGUGAAGACCUGAAAGGAGAAGUCUCUAAACUUCUGGUUGAGAACCAGCGCCUGCGUGAAGAGCUGGAAACCACCAGAUCUGCAGCCGACGGCGCUCGCAUGGAGCUCCAAGAGAGCCGGGAUCAGGCGGUCAGAGAGAUCAGCGUUGUGUGCCGCACGCUGCAGGCGCUGACCAACGAGCUGCAGGCUUCUCUCAGCGAUCAGAGACAGGAUCAACAAAAGAGUGAAGAGUCUGCGCCGUUGGCCAUCGCAGAGCCCCGUCAGUCGUCCAGCUCCUUCGUCAACAGCGUCAUUUUGGCUCUAACUGCUGAGGAGCAGGAAGACGUCGGAACCGACUCGCCUUCCGACGCGCCCGAGCCUCAAGGUUUGCUGAGCGAGACGAGCGCCUUCAGCCGCGUCGCAGCUCGGAUCCCCAAGCAGAAGUCGAACACGGUGCAGGACGAGGAGCGGGAGCGGCGCAGUGUGGCCCAGCUCCUCUCUGGGCUGGGCGGUACCGCUGCUGAGCUCAUCGACACGCUCAACCUGGUGCUGCAGCGCAGGGAGGCCAAGCUGCAGGAGCUGCACAACACCAUCUGUGCGCUGCAGGUGGAGCAGCAGAGCUCAAACAGCAGGCACCAAGCUGAAGUGUUGGAGCUGCAGCAGGAGCUGCGCCGGCUGAACAGCCUGGUGGAGCGAGGGAACACGGCGCUGCAGCAGAAAGCGCAGGACAAGAAAACACUGAACAAGCUGUUUGCUGACAUCCAGGAGGCCCAGGAGAUUUUAAGCAAGCACAAGAGUGACAACAACGAGCUGCGAAAGGAGGUGGCGGGGCUCCGGCACGCUCUGCAGCAGACCACCGCCGAAUCCCAGUUCCUGCGGGAGGAGUUGAGGAGAGGCGCGGGGCCGUCGACGGUGCCGAUGCAGCAGGUGGAGGAGAAGAUCCAGCUGCUGAAGGAGGUGGAGAGGCUGAAGGCCGCUCUGCUGGAGGCGGAGCAGGCCAAAGUCAAACUGGUGUCCAGAGCCAAGAGACAUCAAAUCAUCCAUCAGACCAACCUGCAGAAAACCGAGAAUGAGCUCCAGAUUUUAAACCACAUGAUCAAUAAAGUCAGAGAGACUCUCCUCUCGGUGCCAGAAGUCGUGAAGCGUUGUGAGCAGCUGCAGCAGCUGGUGGAUUACCUCGGCUGACGGGUUUCUCAUCGUAACCCCGUGUUUGGUUUAUUUAUAGUUUGUUAUUUUUUGCUUUCACUUGUUUUUCAUCAUUAGAAAAUAAAGAUAUGUUAACAUGUACAAGCUGCCUUUGCCUCAAAAACAACAACAAGAUAAACAUCUAACUAGUCUCAUCCGAUCUUGACAUUUUGUUGCUGAUAAAACGGGAGAUGAAUUUAAAAAAAGGAGCUUGGAGGGGAUGCAGAGGCUCAUUCAUGUAGAAACGAUGUUCUGGAACAAUUAAAACAAUCAUCUGGACUUAAUUUGGUGAUGCGCGCAGAACGAUGCAGCCCAGGUUGGACCAUUUUAUAUGUAGGGUUAUUUUCUUAGCAGUUGAGUUCUCCUAAGGCCAUGAAAUCGCUGUAAAUACUAUUUUUGUUGUUCUCACAGUUUGUAUAAAACUUUAUAAAAGCUUCAACACAGCUGAAUCAAAUAUUUUUGGUCAUUACCAGAGCUCUUGUGGCGGAUGUGAUACUGUACGUAUGGAAAGCUGAAGCGUCCUUUUUACUUUUUACAGACUGAGCCACGCCUGAAGGAAAAAAAGAAAUUAUAUUUCACUGUGACCCACUCCCUUCAGAUUAAGGUCAUCGCUCUUAAGGUUUUUCCUGGACUUUCUCUGAGUCGUUUCUCUUCUGCCAAUCACUGAAAAGCAUUGUGUUCAGUUAGAACGAGUUUAUUAUGUUAUAGUCUCUCCCUCCUCUUUU